AUGCCCCGAUGCCCCGCGGGGACCAUGGACGAGGGGCCCGUGGACCUGCGUACCCGGCCGAAGGCCUCCGGACCCCCAGGCGCCGCGCUGCCGCUCCGCAAGCGCCCUCUGCGCGCGCCCUCCCCGGAGCCCGCCGCCCCCCGCGGCGCUGCGGGCCCCGUCGUCCCCCCGGAUCCCCUCCGCGGUGGCUCAGACAUGCCAGCGGUGCCUGCGCCCCCCCACGGCCUGGCCCGGCCAGAAGCAAUUUACUACCAGGGACCUUUACUGUCCCUGUACCCCACCCCGACCAUGGGCUCCCCCUUUCCUCUGCUGAACCUGCCUACACCCCUGUACCCCAUGGUGUGCUCCAUGGAACACCCCCUGUCAGCUGACAUCGCCAUGGCCACCCAUGCGGACGAGGACGGAGACACGCCACUCCACAUUGCGGUGGUGCAGGGCAAUCUGCCAGCUGUGCAUCGGCUAGUCAACCUCUUCCAGCAUGGCGGCCGGGAGCUGGAUAUCUACAACAACCUCCGGCAGACACCGCUACACCUGGCUGUGAUCACCACUUUGCCGUCUGUGGUCCGGCUCCUGGUGAUGGCCGGUGCCAGCCCCAUGGCACUGGACCGCCACGGCCAGACGGCAGCGCACCUAGCUUGUGAGCACCGCAGCCCGGCCUGCCUGCGGGCCCUGCUGGACAGCGCGGCCGGGGGCACCAUGGACCUGGAGGCCCGCAAUUAUGACGGGCUCACCGCCCUGCACGUGGCCGUGAACACCGAGUGCCAAGAAGCGGUGCUGCUCUUGCUGGAGCACGGCGCGGACAUCGACGCGGUGGACAUUAAGAGUGGCCGCUCCCCACUCAUCCACGCCGUGGAAAACAACAGCCUUAGCAUGGUGCAGCUGCUGCUACAGCACGGCGCCAACGUGAACGCGCAGAUGUACUCGGGCAGCUCGGCGCUGCACUCAGCGUCAGGCCGCGGGCUCCUCCCGCUCGUGCGCACGCUGGUCCGCAGCGGCGCAGACAGCGGCCUCAAGAACUGCCACAACGACACGCCGCUCAUGGUGGCGCGCAGCCGCCGGGUCAUCGACAUCCUGAGAGGGAAGGCAACACGGGCUGCUCCUGCAUGCCAGCCAGAGCCCUCCCCUGACCGGAGUGCCACCACCUCCCCUGAGAGCAGCAGCCGCCUCAGCUCCAAUGGUCUUCUGUCAGCAUCACCACCCUCCUCGCCCUCCCAGUCUCCCCCCAAGGACCCCCCUGGAUUCCCCAUGGUUCCCCCAAAUUUUUUCCUUCCUGCCUCAUCUCCACCGACCUUCCUGCCCUAUGCCGGGGUCCUCCGAGCCCCUGGCCGGCCGGUGCCCCCCUCCCCAGCUCCAGGAGGUAGCUGA